AUGUCAGGACAUCACCGCAUCACCCUCGCCGCCAAUCCCCCCUACUUCGAUGGCGACAAGUCCAAGUACCUGGGCUUUGUGGAUGCGUGCACCACUUACAUCGGACAAUAUCCUCAUCGAGUUCCUGGAGCGCGGACUCAGCAGCGAAAUUGCAAGCCGUCUCUACAACACUGGCGUUCCCUGUCCAAGGCAUAUGGAGCCUUCAAGAGCUGGUGUGUCAACAUCGAGGCAAACGCUCUACGCGAUCAGCUGCGCAAAGCAUCGCAUACGCAAUCCGCACCACGACCGCCUCCCCAAUUCCGCCCGCAGGCAGCCCCAAUGACACCUGCACCCGCCCCGGCCCGACCCGCUGCCAACGAACCGGUUCCGAUGGAAAUCGACCGCACCCACGCCCGCGGCCGCAACAUCAUCUGCUACAACUGUCAGCAGCCUGGGCACAUUGCGCGGAACUGCCCGGAACCAAGGAAGAAGCGCACAUUCUUCAAUCGGGCCACGAUGCUUGAAGAGAUCGAGAACGGGGACAAAGACAACGAGUUCCUCAAGGAGAUUGCCGAGAAGCUGCGCGAGAAGGGUUUUUGA